AUGCCGUCCGUUCUGAUAGCUGGCGGAGGCCUUGUCGGCUCCGCGAACGCCUGCUUCUUUGCUCAGAAGGGAUGGAGUGUGCGGGUGUUCGAGUCUCGUCCCGAUCCACGUGGCGAACUGUUCGAGCCGGGAAAGAGCUUCAAUUUGGCACUGGCACAUCGAACAAUGGCCGCGUUGGAGCGAAUCGGACUGAAGGAAACGGUGAUCGAGAAGGGAUUUCCGAUUACGAAGAGACGGGUUUAUCUGGAAGCGCAGGGCGGACACCUGGAGAAGUGGCCCGUUUUGAAAGACGAUGAUGUGAGUGGAAUUGGGUGUGAAAUGGAAAAGGAACGGAGGGAAUGUUGCAGUUCGUUCUAACUAUGAACCGUCAACAGUUGAGUGAGAUUUUGAUAAAUGAGGCGGAGAGUUACCGAAAUGUGGAGUAAGCCAACAUUUUCGUUCAUUUGACAGACUAUCAAUAUGUUCAGAUAUAAGUUCAAUCACAAGGCGUUGUGCUUCAACUUUGACAGUCAGAAUCUGGAGGUGGACACUCCGGAAGGCGUAAUCUCUGUGGACGCCGACCUCAUUCUGGCAUGUGACGGAGCACACUCUUCCAUCCGAAGAAGCCUUCUCAAAGUGCCGAGAUUCAAUUUCGAGCAAACAUAUGCCGAGUACGGGUAUAUGGAUAUGAGUGCAAAGUCUGCGAAAGGGCUGGAAAAAGGAGUGCACAACCUGUGGAUUAGAGAUGGGAUCAUGUUGGUGGCAUUGGUGAACAGGGACAACUCAUUGAGUGGUUAGAACCUUCCAGGAUACAUUUGGACGUUUCAGUGUUGUUUAGUGUCCAUCUUCGCGAAGUUUGAAGAAUUCGAAAGAAAACUGUCGACUCCUGAAGUCAGCGUUCCAUUUUUCAAGAGAAACUUCCCGGAAAUCGUUGCCAUUCUUGGAGAGUAAGACCAUUUUCUCACAUCGUAUUCGUCUUUUGUUUACUUCAGAAAGCACGUCUCGGAGAUGUUCGUUCGCAACAAACCGCAGGCAAUUAUCAGUGUCAAAUGCUCACAACACGCCUUCUUCGACAAAUUGCUUUUGAUGGGAGACGCCGCCCACGCGCUGGUGCCAUUCACAGGCCACGGAGCCAACUGUGGAUUCGAAGACUGUCUCGUGCUACAGGAGAUUCUGGAGAAGAAUGACGGAAUGUCGAUUGAGAAGAGUGUCAGAGAGUACUCGGAAGUGAGGACGGAGGACACCAAUGCGAUGAACAGAAUGGCCUGGAAGGCGCAUUUGACGGUGAGGACUGGGUGAUAAGCGAUUAUUGUUCUCAAAGUGGAUCUUCAGUUGGAUCGUACAGUCUACAAGGUUCCCGUUUCAUGGACGGAGAAGUUCAUGUCUCUGCUCCGAAGCGCAGCAGAUCGGCUCCUAACUCAUCCUAGCUUGCUCGCAACACACUCUCGUGUGCCGUAUGCUGAAAUUGAACGCAAAGCGAAGUUUUCGGACAACCUUCCUCGUCACAUUCUGGCUGUCAUUCUCAUCGUUUUUGCAUUGCUUUCUUUGGUUUUCAGUGCCAUCUAG